CUUUGUCCUCUUGGGGCCAAUAAAGGCGCCUGUUGCCCUGCGUGCAGAGUGCAGGCACGAUAGCAGCAGGUGACAAAAGCUCAGCUCCAGGAGCAGGAUCCAGACAUUCCCCAGCCUCUGCCCAAAAAUGCCGAAGCUCUUGCAGCCCCUGUCGCUCCUGCUCGUCCUCGCUUCCACCGCCCAGGGACAGACUGGUAGCGGCCCCAAGGUGCUGCAGCCGUGGCUCAUUGGCCUCACGGUGGUCGUCGUCUUCCUCUUCGCUGUCUUCGUCGUGCUGCUCGUUAACCGGCUCUGGAGUCUCAGGAAGAAGAGGAAGGAGAACGACCACCCGGAGACCCUGGAGACUGACAGGCUGGAGCGCUCCGGCCACGUCAACCCGGCGGCUGAGGACUGGGCAGAGCUGAGGGACGACAGGGAGCAGAGCAAGGCCGCGGCCACGUCCUUCUGAGUGCCCCCCGCACCCCCGUGCCCGCUCCGGGGCGCCUCUGACGGGCGCCGCAGCCUCACCCCGU